AUUUUUCCCACUUUAGAGUUUGGUCUUAAUCUCUCACUUACUCGACCGUUCCUCUCAAAAUUUUCAAAAACUCAAACUUUUCUCGAAUCUCUCCAAAGAAAAGGAAUUUUCCGGCGUUAAUUUCGAGAAAAACCGGCGACAAUGGGUUGCGUCUCAUCAAACCUCCUUAAUCGCGACGAAGACUUCCCUCAAAUCAGCGGUGGAAGCUCCGCCUUUGGCCACCACAUCGUCAAACUAACCUCCACCACUUACGGUCUUCUCACUCUCGAUCCUCCUCCUUCUUCACCUCCUCCUUCCUCCGCCGCGUUAUCCUCCGAUAUAACACCACCGGAGAAAUUCAAGAUCGGUACGAAAUCAAAGUCGUCGUUGUGGUCUGAGCCAAGGGUGAUUAAGUCUGAGCCGGAGGUUAUAAACUCUUGGGAGCUAAUGUCUGGUCUCGACGGUGAAAGUUUCCGAUUCACUCCUCUUCCGAAGACUCCGGUGAAGUAUAAAGUCUUCGGCGGUGAGAACAAAGAGAACUCAGAACCUAAUCGGAGAAACCCUAGAAAAAUCUUGAACGACGACGUUUUGAAACCGUUAGAUCCGAACAGAGAUGAUUCGGACCAGAGAAACCUUACAAAAUCGUUGAAAGAUGAGAUUUUUAAACCGUUAGAUCUGAAACUGACGGAGAAGUUUGAAAAAAUUUGUCCUCCGGGAGGAGAGAAUCGAGUGGUGAUUUACACGACGUCGUUGCGCGGUGUUCGUCGGACGUUUGAGGCGUGUAAUGCUGUUAGAAGCGCGGUGGAGAGUUUUGGUGUUGUGGUUUGUGAGAGAGAUGUGUCUAUGGAUAGAGGGUUUAAGGAAGAGCUUGUGAGUCUAAUGGCGAAGAGAGUUAAGGAUGAUGGAGCUGCUGCAUUGCCGCCUCGGGUUUUUGUUAAGGGAAUGUAUAUUGGUGGAGCAGAGGAAGUGUUGAGACUAGUUGAGGAAGGUUCUUUCGGAGAGCUGAUCCGCGGGAUUCCGAGAAAGAAAGUAGGAUGUGAGAGCGGCGCGUGUGAUGGUUGUGGUGGUUUGUUUUUCUUGCCGUGUUUUCGGUGUAAUGGGAGCUGUAAGAUGGUGAAAGGAUGGGGUAGUGCUGCUGUGAUUGUGAGAUGUAAUGAGUGUAACGAGAACGGUCUUGUACCUUGUCCGAUUUGUAGCUAAGAGAGAGUUACGACUAUCUCUGUUUCACUCUUUUUCGAUUCGUGUCGCUUAAGCUAUGGGGUGAAACAGAGCAAGCUUAUGUUUGUUUGUUCCAUUAUGUAUAAUUCAAAACAAAUCCUCUAUGUUCUACAA